CACCAGUUGUUUCGGUGUUGCUAACAUGAGAAUACCGACCAAGGUAUUGUCUAGUGGUAACUCCAUCCCUAUGGUGGGGUUGGGCACGUUUCGGAUUGGUAUAGCGCCGAAGUCGGCAUUUGAAGGGGUUCCAUUAGGGCGGGAUGGCAAGGCUGUUAUCAAGGAUGCUAUAGAAGAAGGCUACAGGCUCUUUGACUGUGCCCAGUUCUACUUGAAUGAAGCUGUCGUCGGUGAUGCCAUAGCGGAGAGUGGUAUUCCCCGACAGGAGUUCUUCAUCAUAUCUAAAGUGUGGCCUGAUAAGAUCUUUAAAGGCCGUCAGGCUGUUAUUGACCAGUGCAAGCAGUCGUUGAAGGAUCUUCGGACCUCUUACGUCGACUUGUACUUGAUCCAUUUUCCUGUACCGGGCAAGCAUGUUGAGGCCUACCAUGCUCUGGAGGAGCUGUACAAGGAAGGCUUGUGUCACUCUAUUGGCCUCUCGAACUACACUAUAGAGGACUACGAGGAGCUCAUACAGGCGGGGAUUUCCAUCCCCCCUUCCUGCAACGAGAUUGAAGUGAAUCCUUUACUGUUCAGGAAGAAGACUAUUGAAUACUUCCAAUCUAAGGAUAUCCCUAUCCUCUCCUGGCGUGGUCUCGGCAAUGGCAGACCUGAGAUGCUCGAGCAUCCGGUCCUUACCAAAAUCGCUGCUGAUAAGAAGGUCACCACAGCCCAGGUUAUUGGCCGUUGGUUGGUACAGCAUUCGAUUGUCCACAUACCCAAAAGUGAAAACCCCGAGCGGAUGAGAGUCAACAAGGACAUAUUCUCAUUCGAGCUAUCAUCAACCCAAAUGGCCGAGAUUGAUGCUAUUGGCUCAACCAAAGAAGCCGUGGAAGCGUUCCGUCAGCACUACAAGUUCAAUACUACCAGAGACUGCGGAUUGACCGAGGCGGACGCCAGGCAGCAGUUCACUUGCGAGUAGUUGGUCUCGAUCAUUUUUUCCAUGAGCUUUCCUUGA